GUUGCCAGCCGCGAUCUCGGACAAGCUUGGCCUACUUGACUCUUGAGCGUUUGACGGUUCUAAGGCUCACAAAUAACCGUUGCAUCUUGAGCGAAGUGUACGGUCUCUGGCAAACCAGAAAUGAGUACUGUUGAAAAGGGCGAGCUUCCAGUUGAAUUAGUGGUCUCCAUUCACCGCAUCUUGGAUGGACCGGAGGACACGACUCGGAGCUCUGACCCUUUAGAUGCUCUUUCAUCGGCUGAGCUCAACCCUGUCGAUGUUCUCAACGAGUACUUUCCGGAUGAAGCAUCCCUCGCCCAGCUCGGUGCAGUCCAGGCGCGACUACAGCAGCAAGAAGAAGAUGUGCUCCGCGAGAUAGACGAGUUGAUGGUAGAAUUGCGACGAGGGCAGGACCCGAAUCGCAUGCAGCUCAUACAGGAGAUGAUAUCCGAUCUCCUAGGACAAAUGUCUCGCAUCCGAGAGAAAGCGACCGAAUCCGAGGCCGUUGUCCGUAACAUCACUAAAGACAUACAAGUAUUGGAUCUGGCCAAGAAGAAUCUCAUACUUAGUAUGACGACGCUCAAACGAUUGCAAAUGUUAGUGAAUGCAUUGACGCAGCUGGAGGAUCUUGUGAAGGAACGGAAGUAUGCGGAUAUCGCGGAAACGCUGUCAGCAGUUAAGCAGAUUUCGGCGUCAUUCAAGGGCUAUACUGCAGUACCGCAUAUCGCUCAAAUUUGGAGACGCAUCCAAGAGUUGCAGGGCCGAAUCCGAACUCUGCUGGAUGCAGACUUUGAUGCCUUCUACAUGCAAGAUACCUCGCGCCCGGGACAAAUGGUCAAGCCCGCGCAGAUCGCAUCCGCCUGCUUAGUCGUCGAUGUCUUAGGUCCCGAUGUUCGCGCGCACUUCGUGGACCGUUAUGUGACACUGGAGCUCAAGGAUUAUCGCCGCAUCUUCCGGAUUUCCCCUGCAUCGACCGCUGGAAGCUCCAAAGCCGCUGCCACUUCGGAGGAGAAUGAAGCGGCCGGUCUGGACAACAUCAGCAGGCGGUUUGCCUGGUUUAGGCGAUUGCUUGCAACUCAUGAUCAAGAGGUGGCAAGGGUAUUUCCACCGGAAUGGCAUGUUGGGUGGGCAUUGGUUACCAGAUUCGCGGAUAUCACAAGGGACGACAUGGCGACACUGCUUGCCAAGGGGGAAGCUUCCAAGUCGCUGCCUGUAUCGCUUCUACUCGAGACGCUACAGCAGACAUUGGAGUUCGAGGCCUCCAUGGCAAAGAAGUAUGCUACACCCUUCGUCGACAUCCUCAAGAGCUCAUCUCCGGCUAUGACGAAGCCCGUGAUGCCCAUUUCCACCGCUUGGGAGGCGCACCUCGGGGUAUUCGUGGAAGCGCAGGAUAAGGCUCUUGCGGACAUGCUGGCGCCUCAUCGUGCAUCCUUGAACAAGGGCCCUCCGCGAUCUUCUUUGGAUGCACCAUCAUCUGGAAGGCCGUCACUGGAGGAUGCAGAGGAGACGGAGGCCCGCGUAUUACCAUCCUCCACCGAGCUAUUCUACUUCUAUGCACAGAGCCUUGAACAAUGCGCCAAGUUAUCUACCGGGCAACCAUUAUACGAUCUGUGUCAGGUACACAAACGGUGGCUGAGGACUUAUGCAGAGGAUGUCUUGAUUCCGACUAUCAAACGCCCUUUGCCACAAACGAGAAGGUCACUAGAUACGCGAAUGGACGCGGAACAGCUUAAAACCGCGUGUGUCCUGAUUAAUACUGCCGAUUAUUGCCAGACAACUGCACUGGAGCUGGAGGAGAAGAUCAAGGAAAAGAUUCGGGACGAUCUCAAAGAAAAGGUCAGCUUACAAGACGAACGCGACAUAUUCGUGGGAGUCAUUUCCGCCACUAUUGUGAUUCAACUCCGGGAAUUGGAAAACGCCUGCGAGGCUGCGUUCUCGGCCAUGGCGCGCACGUCUUGGGGAACCAUCAGCCAGGUCAGCGGACCUUCGGCAUACGUGGCGGACCUCGAACAUGCGAUGGAGUCUGUCGCGGCCAUCCUUGAACCCCGCGUAGAGCAAAAGAAGUACCUGAGGAAUUUCUUCGACAAGGGCGCCAACCUGAUACUGACCCGCUUCACGAAUGCGCUCGUGAAGAGUCGACCGCUGAAGGAGAUAGGAGCUGAGCAGAGCCUCAUUGACCUUCAGGCGGUCAAGGCGGCAUUGCUGAAGUUGCCCGGUGACCACGCGACUUCCAUCUACUCCAAGAACGUGACCAGGACCACGACGAACCUUGAGGCGUUACUGAAAGUCAUCGUUACGUCGAUCGAUCCGGCCGAAGGUUUCAUCCUCAACUACACCAUCCAGAUCGGCGACGACUCCUUCUCAAACUUUCAAAAGGUCCUCGACCUCAAAGGGACGCCGAAGACGGACCAGAACCACCUGCUGGACAACUUCGUCGCGAUCACGAGCACGAUGCAGGACCUGCAGCCGACCUCGUUCCUGUCCGCGCUCGACAUGAACCCGCCGUCGACGGUCUAUCAGGGCUCUUCGCAGGCGGCCGCCCCGUCGUCGUCGAUGACCCCUUCCGGCAGCCGGGUGAACCUCCCGGCGUUGUUGGCCGGGACCGGCGCGGGCGAGGGCAUCCUGGCCGCGCUGGGCUCGCCGCCGCUGAGCGGCCCGCCGACGGGCGACGGCGUGGGAAGAGGCGAGGCGGCGCAGAAGCCGCAGGUGUUCCAGUCGUUGAAGGGCUUUAUGCACUUUGGGCUGCGGAGGGAUACGGCUCCCCCCUAAGGGGCGGGAGAUGUGCGGACACACGCACUCUCUCUCGAUCUCCCCUUGUAUACGCCUUUUCUUUUUCGGGUCUCCUGGAUCAAUUAAUCGAGGAAUACGAU